GCAUCACAAUAGACAAUGUAUCAAACACAUGCCAUGACAUGCCCUGAUUCCAAAAAAUCGGAAUGUCCCAAAAAUCCAAAUUGUUGCUCUCAGUGCAGCUUCACAGCACAGUUCGAGAGUGCGUUGACGAUGCAUCAUCAGCUACACCACGAGACGACUGCAACUACCGCUCACAAUUUACAGGAGAAGUCAAACACAGUUCCUCGUUCAGCGUGCCUAGAUCUCUCGUUCUCGCCGACCAAAGAAAAUAAGCGACUAAAAUUGGCAACACGGACGUCGUCAGCGACGCGGUUGUUUGAUAAGCUGCGUGCGCGCAUCCGUCGCAGCAGAAAUCUCUUCGCACACCCGGAAGAGGGCUCUGAUCCUACGCUCAAUUUUAAUGAUUUACCAGGUCAAAGCGAAUGCACGUCUAAAGCCAUGAAGGAACUAGGGUCAAGCGUGAGCGGUGUUAUCGAGUCACUCCGGGAGCAGAAGGAGAUCUUCGCCUGCCACUUAUGCUCGUUUGAUUCUGAUCGGAUAACAGUCCUAGAUAGACAUCUUCUGAACGACCACAAAAUCGGUCUAGACAAUUUGCUUAAACUAGUCAUGGCCAAGACUAAAGAUGGACUAUCAGACGACUCCCCAGCCCAGAUCUAUGGAAUACGACAACCAUAUUACAAACCCCCUGACGAAAUCAUAGAGAACGGAGAAUUCGUCAUAGAAACUAUCACUCCAAAAAUCAAAAUACUCAAACACACAUCAACUAAUACAGAUUUGAAAAUGGCUGACAUACCAGAUUUACACAAUUGCCGAAAAAUCUCAGAAGAAAUCGAAAAACUAAUCGAUACACCACAAAGUUCAGAUAAUAAUGUUCUGCUGAAAAUGCAAACUCUGAAUGAAUGCAUGUGCAAAUUCGUCGAUUCUACGAAUACGAUAAAAAAGGUUCUGACCAAAGAGUUUGAUCAGAAAGGGAAUAGAUCUAAGGAGGUGCCGUUUUUCAAUUUAGGUUUAGGAGACCAAGAUAGUCCGAAGGACUGGGAAAGAGCUCACAGCGAAAAACUAGAUCGAAACCGAAGCAAAUAUCCAGAAAAUAGAAGCGAGAAAAUUAAGCAUUCUUCAGACAGUUUUUAUUUUUAAUUUUAUUAUAUAAAUAGCAUUUGUUAAGUACUUUGUUGUAAUAAAG